AGGGCGGGGUCAGAGCCAGUGUUUCGCGUGCCUCCUCUAACCCUCUCCGCAUACCCCGCCCCUUCCCGGCCAGGCCAUGUCUGUGAACAACAUGUCGGACCCCCGGCGGCCCAACAAGGUGCUCAGGUACAAGCCACCUGCCACAGAGAACAACCCAGCCCUGGAGGAUCCGACUCCAGACUACAUGAACUUGCUGGGAAUGAUUUUCAGCAUGUGUGGCCUCAUGCUAAAGUUGAAAUGGUGUGCCUGGAUUGCUGUCUAUUGUUCCUUUAUCAGCUUUGCCAAUUCUCGAAGCUCUGAAGACACCAAGCAGAUGAUGAGUAGCUUCAUGCUCUCUAUUUCUGCUGUGGUCAUGUCCUAUCUCCAGAACCCCCAGCCUAUGACACCUCCGUGGUAAAGGCACCAAUCUCCCGGUUCUUCAGCCUGGACUUCAGGACCCUAGGGCUUUCACUGUUGGUUUCUGGGCCGGAAAAAAAAAAAAGACGGAAAUUUAUUCAUUCCUCACUCCUGUGAUCACUUCUCAGCCUCUGCUCCAAAUCUGGGGCCUCAGCUCGUGAGUCCACGCUGGAAGGUCCUUACUCUGACCUUAUCUCCGCUGAAAAAUGGCUUAUUCUGGGGCUCUGGCCCUGUCAGUAUCCCCCAGCCCCGAAUUCCUUUCCAGCCUCCCUGCCCCGGGCACCCUGGGCUGAGGAGGAUCCUGCGAUUGCUGAGCCCCAGUGCCUGCCCUCGUCUUGGGCCAGGGUGCAUCCCAGAGGGCUGAGUCUUGGGACUGACAUCCCCGCGCUGAGGCAGCCCGGGCUGGGGCCGCGGGCGCGGGGCAGGCAGCUUGUAACUACUUGUAGCAACCAAUACAAAUAUAUGUGUAAGAAAGUU